UAUAUAUAAUAAUAAUAAUAAUAAUAAUAAUAAUAAUAAGAAUAAUAAUAAUAAUAAUAAUAAUAAUAAGAAUAAUAAUAAUAAUAAUAAUAAUAAUAAUAAUAAUAAUAAUAAAUAAUAAUAAAUGAGUGUAUGUGCUACUAGACAGCUAUCACGACUGAAUUCAUUACCUCUCCUUCUUAGGACGCCGUAAAAGCGCUGACAUAUUCUAUUAUCCACUUUGACUAUCGAUAAGAUACGCCCUUCAACGCUAUGUAUUUUUAGCUGUGUAUACGUAAAUGUUUCCAAUAAUAACAUAAAGUUUUAUUAAUGUUACGGUAAACGAAUAGCGCGAUAGUGCAACCUAAAAAACUUACGACUCUGUUCAUUUUUCGAACUGUACCAAUAAAUGCACUAUAAAUAAACAUAAUUAUACCAAAGUGUAUUAUAAUUAUUCUUCUUUGACAUAUGUAUGUAUAUUAAUUGUUAUUUAUCAUAGAUCAAUGUCUCGUCGUCGAUGAAAUUGUUAGCCUCCCCCAAGUACAUGGCCGCGCGGACGAAUUUUUUAUUUUAUAUUAUAAAACUUUGAACGAGAUAAUUCUGAACUCAUUACUCAUUGCCGUGGUAAUAAAUGGAAAAGAAUGGAAAAUAGUAAUUAUUCUUUAAUAAUAUUCGAAGGAAAAUGCGCUCUAUAUACCGUAUAUAUUUGUAUCAUUAAAUACAGUAUAAUUGACAAGACAAGAAGAUUAGACUAGAUUUAAUUUUUUCAUUAUGACCUACCUAUAUACCGAUUAGAGUUUUAUCCCAUUUAGAGAUAUUUAGUUUUGACGUAAUGCACAUCAUACGGUCGAGUGCAUGAAAAUGUACGAGACGUAAUCAGAACUUUAACGCAAUUCUAAUGAAAAUUUAUAGAAAUAUAAAAAUGCGAAACAAAUGUUACACUACAUUUAUUUAUAUAUUGAUUAUUAUAUAUUGAUCACAGCGGCUUGCCGCUCAAACAUUCCAAAUUGACAAUUAUACUCGAAUGUCAGAUCAAAAUUAUUUCAACGCAUUUCAACGUUUCCUCAAUGGCUACUUUUAUCGAUGAACAAAUACACCGUCAUUCGAAUAUUAAUCAUUAAUACAUUACAUUGGUACACGUAAUAAUAUGAUCGUUUGACAAAUUUUCAUGCAAUAAGGACGUGCUUACAUUACAUUGAGCUGCAACCUGAAAGUUGUUUCCAUCUAACGAGAAUUUAAAUUAAAAUUGAUUAAAUAUUCGUGGGAAGAUAAAAAGUUUUACAAUUAUAUAGAUAAGAGACGAUGGAGUUUCCAUCUUGCAGACAUGUGAAUGGACAAGCCAUUAUGUAGGAAGAAAGUUUGCAAUAAUUGAGAUAUAUUUAUUUAACUUUGUUAGGUAUGCAAUAGAUUUAAUUGGAAGAAAAGUCAAAGAAAGAAUGAAUGGAUUUUUUUUGUUUCCGGCGUCUUUGUUCUCUCUCUCUCUCUCUCUCUCUCUGGUUCCUCUUGGUUUCCCACGUGUGUGCUUAGGUGGCGGUAUUAGUUAUGUGUCUUGCCGUAGGAGGCAUAACAGUCGCCAGAGACAGAGUACAAAUUUCGCCAUCUAACCGUCAACAGGCCAAACUGCGUUAUGCAAAAAUUGAAUUUCUUUAAUAUCCUUGGCGCCAUCUAACGACUAUCUAUAUCGAGAGGUACUGUUCUCUUCGUGUUUAACUCGACAAACUCCACUGCUGUCAUAUGUUCCUGCUAAUAAAUCGGAAUUUUUGCGACAAUAUGGUGGCCGAUUGGUUAACCAUAUACUGUGGAGAGCAUCGUUGGUUAGGUGUAUCGCAAGUCGAUCGAUGAUUGGUGGAUUUUUUGGUGUGAGAAAGUGCCAUUGGCCGAAAGCGUAUAGAAAGAGACCCCGAGAGUUGAGUCCUUGGAUUGGAAAGAAAUUCAGUUAUAAGGUUACCGCCCUGAAGAUAGGUGUCGUCCAAUCUGCUGGCUUUGUUACUUUUAAUUCAAAUGAAAAACGGUCAGCGUUUUUGUUGAAUUCUAUAGAUUUCGUGGAAUCUCUUGUUUUAGGUAAGGUGUAGCGAUGGAGGAUUCAGAGGAAUGGGAAUUGAUAUUGCAAGAUACAACUGCGAUGGUACGUGAUAAUUUCACAAAGUUGCGCUCUAUAUGGACCGAAAUAGGAUACGAUAAAGAAACCCAAUCGGCUUAUACCAUUGCAGCGCGUGAUCAUAUACAGGAGUUAUUUAAUGAUAUGGUAUCAGAGUUGAAGUAUAAGAAGACAUUGCUGUUGGAAGAGUCGAAGCAGUUGAUGCAAAAUACAACUAUUCUGUCGAAGGAAUUGAAAGAAACGAUCGAUGCGAGCGGAUACGAGAUGCUACCUUUGUUCUAUUUACACCAGGUACUGCGACAGGAUAUGGAAAAGUUGUUGCGCAUUAAAGAACAACGUGAAACGUAUUUAAACGAAUUAUUGCUCAAGGAAGAUGAAAUUUGCAAACGUCUUGGCGUACACCCAAUAGGAAUCGAAUCUAAACCUUUAACCGAAGAGGAAUUGGAUAACUUUAAGUUACAUAUCGAUAAACAGGAAGCGGAAAAGGAUCGCGUAGAGGGUGAAUUUAAAAAUGCACAAAAUUUCAUUGUCAAAACGAUGGAUGAUCUGGGAAUUAAUCCGUCCUCUUAUUUCGAAGAAAUGGUGUGUAAUAAGCCCGAUAACUUUAUCCUUACCCCUGGGAACAUGGGAUUGUUGAAGGACCUUCAAGAACGAUUGGAGGAAGAAUUAAGUAGGGCGAAGAAGGAAUUCGAGGAUAUAACGGAAGAGCUAAUAGCUUUAUGGGAAUAUCUCGAUGUACCUAACGAUUUUCGCAAAGGAUUUUUUAACAAUCAUCCGGGAUACAGGCAAGCUACUAUGAAAGCGAUUAAUGGAGAAAUUACGCGUUGUAAGGAAAAGGCACGUAUCGCCAAGUGUGUCAAUAAAGUUAGAGCCGAAUUGGUUAACCUGUGGGACAUGUGCAAGUAUGGUGAAGCCCAGCGAAAAAAAUUCACCGCCUUUUAUUCUCGUACCUACACAGAGGAUUUAUUGACCCUGCACGAGCUCGAGAGCGAAAAAAUUGGAAAGUAUUAUGAAACGAACAAAAUGAUUUUUGAUCUCUUGGAGGAGAGAGAGAAGCUUUGGACGAAAAUGAAAGUAUUGGAACAUCCCUCUAAUAAUCCGGAUCGAUUGAAUAAUCGAGGAGGCCAAUUGCUUGCGGAAGAGAAAGAACGGAAAGUGAUACAAAGAAAGUUGCCCAAGAUCGAGGCCCAGUUACAUAACUUGGUAGAAGAAUAUGAGACGAGGCACGGGGAAUCGUUUUACGUUAACGGCCUCUCCUUGGAAGAAUUCUUGGCGGAAUCUUGGGCAAAUCGUGAUAUCGAAAGGGAAACCAAGAAGAAUGCUAGAAAAGUGGCGAAGGACAACAAGUGCGCGAUGAAGGCAAGCGCAACGAAACGUACCCCAACUGCUACCUCGACCAUUCAAACUCCCUUGUGUACGUCGACAAAGAGAAAAUUAGCUUACGGCUCGACCCCUAACAGUUCGGCCAAGCGACGGAACGUUGCCACCGGUAAAGUGCGUAGCGCAACCUAUGCUUCGAAAAUUAGAAGAAGCGGGAAGAUUGCCAGGCGAAUAUUGUCGGAGAAUAAGAAACGUAGAAGCAAUCAAAGAAAAUCCAUCUCAUUGUCCCCGAAUAUACGUACCGUUGACAUGACCUAUGGACAAUUCCAAGAACAUCUCAAGGAAAGAGAAGAAUUGCGUAGCUCCUUGUUGCCGCCCGAUCAAUCCGCGUACAUUUCAAAAACGCCUAAUCGUAUCCACGUCAAACCAUCAAGGAAGAAUUUAUAUAACGUAAACGCGACGUCCAAUACGACGUCGAAAUCAUUGUUGUCUACUCGAAAUUCACCGCGUAGCCCUAGAAUGGAUAAUACUCCGAAACUCGCAACUGCACCGAACGUAUUACCUAUUAUAUUUUGAUAAAUUCUUUCCUUAAUAUUUACAUAUUUUCUAUUUAAUGUAAUUCUUUAGUGUUUUACGUUAGCGAGGGCUGCUCUUUCAACUCUGGGACCCACGUAAAUAUAUAUAUAUACAUAUACAUAUAUAUAUAUAUAUAUCUAUAUAUAUAUUAUUUCCAAUUUAUAGAAGAAGAUUUUUAAAGUUUAGGGCUUGUAUGUUGGGCGGGGGAGGGGUGGG